CCAACGGAUAUUCCCCGGGGAAGGCCGCGGUCCCGAGGUCUUUCUCGCGCUGCUCCCGCGGGUCCUGCCCCCUCAUGUUCGUCCUCUUGUUCCGUCGGGGCCGAUAACCUUUUGUCCUCCUCAAUGGUUUUCAACAACAGCGCAUCCAUCACUAGCAAGGGAUAUCAACUGCAAAUAUGUCUGGGUCUGGAAACUUGCGAUGCACAGAUGAAAAGACGACGGUGGCGUCCUUAGGGUUCGCCAACUAACAUCACAAGGCUCCAGAACCAGACGUAUUUGCAUUUGAUAUGCAAGAGAAGGACAACGAGCGCCAAGAGGUUUCGAAAGUGCAAAAAAAGAAGCGCACGAAAGUCAAGCG